AUGUGCCAAGAUGAGAUUGCCAUCAACGGCUGGACUAGCACGCCAGCCGAUGCCGGUGCUAUCUUUGGUGAUCAACCUUUCAUCAAUAAGCCGAAGCCCCUUUCUCUUGAUGAGGUCAAGUUUCCAUUCGAAGAUCCUAUUGUUGCAAAAACCUUGACUUAUGCACAGGAGACCCUACACCCCGAAACCUUCAACCACUCUAUGAGGGUCUACUUCUAUGGAAUGGUCAUUACCAAGCAGCAAUUUCCCGAGAUUGCUUCUACUCUCAGUCCGAUGACUUGGGCUCUGACUUGUUUAUUGCAUGAUGUGGGAACUGCUGAAGAAAACCUGACUGCAACACGGAUGUCGUUUGAUAUAUAUGGGGGCAUUAAAGCCUUGCAUGUCCUUAAAGAAUUUGGAGCCAGUCAAGAUCAGGCGGAAGCAGUUGCUGAGGCAAUCAUCCGCCAUGAGGACAUGGGGGUGGAUGGCACGAUUACGUAUAUCGGCCAACUCAUUCAGCUGGCCACCACAUAUGACAACACCACCAUUCACCCGCAUGUAAAGGACUUCCAAAAGAUGGUCCAUGACACUACCCGUUCCCAGAUCGCGGGAGCUUAUCCCCGCCUAAAGUGGUCCAAUUUCUUCUCCACAAUCAUUCGCAAGGAGGAGAAAAUCAAACCCUGGUGUCAUUCGACACAUCUUGUUGACUUUGAUAAUGAGAUUGAGAACAACACUCUCAUGAAGCAGUUUGAGUGA